AAGUAGGAAACGGUGUUGACUACAUUCAUCUUCUCCAUCCACUUAAUUAAAAUUAUUCUCUCAAUUUCCUUUACUUUCCUUUCCAUUUUCUCAAUUUCUCUCAAGGCCUUUCCUUAUUUUAAUGCCCCUUCUUUUUCUUUUUAAAUCCUUAUUCUUAUUGAUGGUUUAAUCUUCAAUUGUGUGUCAAGAUUGGGUUCACAGGAUCAUAGCUUUUGAGCUUGCUUGUUUGUGGUCAGCUUAGAUUUCUGAGCUUUAUUAUCUCCUAAGGAUUUCAAGCGAGAAGAAAUCUGGAAACCAUCGAAAUCUCUGACCUUUCGGCUGAAACUCAGUGAAACUUCAUCUAAAGUUAGGUCCAAAAAGAGCUAUUUUAGCAUUGUAAAUCGAUAGAUUACAAGCCAAAAGAGCUUCUGGGAUUUUAAGAUCUUCUCCAUCAGCAUUUGAAUCUUUAUCAGCUAUGAUGGGAUGUCAAUCUAGCAAAACGAAAGGAGGUGGUCCUGAACCGUCUUCCCCAGACAAGACUGAUUCUCAGUUUGAAGCUGACUUGAGCUCAUACGAGGCUGCUUGUAGACAUGAUCCAACUUUGCAACAUUUUGAUGCAACCCUUCAUGAACGUACUAACCAUGUCAUAGGCACGCUUGCUGCUGGUUUAGGUGUUCAAUCCUUAUCUUUGGACUCACUCAAAGAGGUUACUGGAUGUCUUCUUGAAACGAACCAGGAAGUGGCCAAAAUCAUUUUAGAAUCUCAGAAAGAUAUAUGGAACAAUCAGGACUUGUUUUCUUUGGUGGAGGAAUACUUUGAGAACAGUAAAAAGAAUUUAGACUUUUGUACUGCCCUUGAGAAUUGCCUCAAACGUGCUCGAAACAACCAAUUAAUUAUUCAGUUGGCAGUUAAGUAUUAUGAGGAAGAGGUAGGGUUGCAAGUUGGGACUGAUGAGAAGAAAUUUGUGAAAACCCUAGCAGAACUAAGGAAAUUUAAAGCGGCUGAGGAGCCGUUCACCAAGGAGUUCUUUUUACUGUUUGACUCAGUCCGUGAGCAGCAGGAAUCAAUGCUAGGGAAAUUGCUAGUUAGGAAGAGAAAGCUCGAUAAGAAAUUGAAAUCUCUGAAAACUUGGAGGAGGGUAUCGAAUGUCUUGUUUGUAGCCACUUUUGUCUCUGUGUUGAUUUUUUCUGUGGUGGCAGCAGCCAUAGCUGCACCGCCUGUUGUAACAGCUGUGGCAGGUGCAAUGGUAGUUCCUAUUGGUUCAAUUGGAAAAUGGUGCAGCUGGCUUUGGAAGCGCUAUGAGAAUGAGCUGAAAGGGCAGAAGGAGUUAAUCAAAACAAUGGAGAUUGGUGCUCGCAUUACAAUCUAUGACAUGGAAAGCGUAAGAGUGCUUGUCAGCCGAUUGGAAAUUGAUAUGGAAUCGCUGCAGCUUAAUACUACUUUUGCACUUACAGAAGAGGAUGCGGUGAAACUUGCAAUUGAUGAGAUCCAGAGAAAGUUGGAAGUAUUUAUGGAAACCAUUGAGAAAUUGGGUCGACAGGCUGAUAUGUGCAGCCGUGAUAUUAGAAUGGCGAGGACAAUGAUUUUGCGGAGGAUGAUGAAUCAUUCUGGCACUUCAACAACUACAGACAGCCCUUGGGAACUCUAGCAAUGACUAUUAAACCGUGUGUAUGUUGUAUCAAUUUUAUGCUCUAAGUAAUGAAAUUCGAUCUCUACUUGUCGGAUGAAUAGAUCUGGAUUUGCUCCUAUAUAUAACUGUUACAUUGUUCAGCUGAUCUAAUUUUGGUCCAUAUUUAGACCAUUUUCUUUUAUAGAAAAAAAAUCUUCCUUGAUUCUAGUGUCAAGUGUUUGGAUCUGGUUUGUGGGUCAGACUUAUAUUGCUAUAAUUAUAAAUGCAAUUGUCAUCAGAAAUAGUGAAGAUUGUUAUUUGGUUGGUGCAACUAGCAUGAUUGGGGCAAUUAUGAAUUUUAAGCAUCAUGUGAGUGGCCUGUAGAAAGAACAUGGGUAAUAAUCUCUGUCUAGUUUUUUUUUUUUUUUGGUCGAAAUAUUUCUGUACCGGUUGAUUCAUAGUAACUAUGUAGGACCAUAAAAAGAAUGCCAUGGUUGCUUACUUUUCUUUGUGGCCAUGAUAAAAGCCUGCAUUCAUCUGUUUGUGUCUGCCGAAGAUGGAAAAAGGUGGGUUGAAAGAGGAAAAAUCUGGGACUAUGCUUUGGUUGAAAAGUAUACUGUUAUGUUACAAGUUUCUCUGUUGAUGCUUUUAUUCGAAUCGAAAAAACAUGUCAACUCUGCAGUUUGCUCCCUAGGCCGGAUGUUAUUAGUGCAAACUCGUUUGGAAGUAUCCAUGAUUUUAUAGAUGUGAAGAUUCCGAAAUGUGCACUGAGCUUCACAAAUCUAUAUAUGAUGCAAUGCCUCCUAUGUGAUACAGGUCGAAUCAUUACCCACUGAUCUCAAUGAUUAUUUCCCAGCAGGUGUAGUCCUAUUUCUCCCUGUUCAGUGCUAUCCAUUGUAUGAAGUGAUGAUGCUUAAACAUUGCAAAAGGAAUGGGGUUUAAAAGCUAUGAGAAUUUAAGACCAUGCAGAUUCUUAUGGCAAGAAAACAAAAGGGAAGGAGAAGAUUGUGUUAAAAGCAUGAGAAAAAGGGUUGAAACUUGAAAGCUGAAGAGUUCUUGAAGGAAUCUCGAAUCAACACUUCAAACUGAAUGGAAGUGUUUGUUCAAAACUUCAAACAGCUUCAAACUAUUGCUUCUUUACUGAAUCAAAAUUGCAUCUGCAUGUGCUGCAGCUUCCUGGGCUGGAUUCUAGCACCUUUGGGGUUUUAGUUUAACUGAGCUGAAUCUACUGAACCUAUGAAUCUAUUGGUCAUUCUCAAAUUUCUUUUACAACGUUUAUUCUCAAAUGGUUCCAUAACUUUCAUUCUCUCAAGUCUCAAGUAUAAAGAUGUUA